CGACGCAAAAUGGCUUACUUAAUUGACGUGUUAGUUUAUAUUAGUGGGUUCUUCAUUAUUACUAUUACGGCGAAUUUCAAUGACGUUUUAUGGAACGGAGAUUAUGAAUUCAUUGAUUUGACUUAUCCCUUUGAUAACAGUACAAUAUACUGGAUGAAUUCACUGCAAUUUAUGUUUAAUAAUAAAGUUGCUGGUUUUCAGGAUGAUGGAUCUUGGUUUGCAAUGAAUGAUUUUGCGGCUGGUGAGCAUGGUGGGACACAUAUGGAUGCACCAUAUCAUUUUAAAGCAGACGGCAAACAUAUAGGAGAUAUACCUCUAGAAAAAUUGAUUGUACCACUUAUAAUAGUCGACGUAAGUUCAAAAGUUAAUGAAGACCCAAAUUUCGAAUUGAACAUGCAUGAUUUGGAUUACAGACUUAACGAUAAUAUGGGAAAACCUUGCUUAAUAGUGUUUAAAUAUGGUUGGAGUAAGUUUAUAAACGACAAAACGAAAUAUUUAGGCAUGACGAAGAAUAAUACAUUUAACUUUCCAGGCAUGAGUGAAGAAGUGGCCGAAUGGAUAACAUCAUCGCAUAAAAAUGUAGUAGGAAUCGGUGUAGAUACUGCAUCAGUAGACAAAGGUUCAGCUACCGACUUUCCCGUACAUAAAAUCUUUGCCAAUGCUGGCUUGUUUAAUGUCGAAAAUGUGAAGUUAGAUUUACCUGUGCCUGAAUACGGUUGUACUGCAUUGAUAUUGCCAAUGAAGAUUGCUAUGGGUACUGGAGCUCCACUGCGCUUAGUAGCAAUUUGUCCUAAAAGAACAUCAUAACUUGAAACUUUUUUUAUUUUAUUUUUUGUUCUAUUUUAAAUUGAUCAAAUAUGUAAGAUCUUAAGAAUAUUGUAACGUAACAUUAAGUUACAUUAUUGUAUUUACUAAAAUAAAAGAUUAUUAUGGAAAAAA